AUGGUUUACUUGCAGAUCUUCAUCGUAGAAGGAUGUGCUGAACAGGUCGCUGUGGUUGAGGAGGCUUCGACCGGAAGCGAUGUUGAGAUUGCAGCUGCAGGCACAAGUGAGUCCGGGGAGAGCACCCCUGCCAUGGCUGGUGCAGAGAAGGAGCCAACGGAGGACGAGCGCGAAGCCUUCCGCCAGUACACGGAGAAGUUUGGUGAAUGCCGGGACGGCUCCAACCCAGGCUACAGCCGGAAGGCGUUCCCAUGGUUCACCGGAAAGCCGCCACAGGGGGAGAAGCUGUCCGCAGAGUCGCUGCAAGCUGCGCUGAGCUACCGGCCGACCAAGAAACGGCUGGCGAAGGUGAACCUCACUGAGGUGGAUUCCGAUCGGGAAGAAAUUCCCCUCUGCACCCGUUGCUCCUUGCCCGUGGGCGAGUUUGCUUACCAGGGUCGCGAGGGCAAGGAUACCUGCGUUCACACCGAGUGCAUGGCACAGGUUCUCAUGAAGGAAGCCCAGCGCGAGGAGGAGCAUCGCACGACGCGGGAGAACAACAAGAAGCUGAAAAACCGCAGGGAACACAACAUCGGCUGGCGGAUGGACAGCGUUCCGACCAAUGCAAGUCUGGCCGAGCGCAUGGGCUGCCACCCAGCUCCGCAGGGGCUUUGCUGCCUGGUACUGGAUGAGGCUUCGAAGACCGUUCGUGUUGCCGCGACGCUCGAGCCAUCGGCCUCGGUGAACCUGGAGUACCUCCUGCUGGCCCUGAAGGUGAGGAAGUCCGCCUCGCGAGAGCCCCUCUUUUCCCUGGAUCCGAUUGACCCGAAGAACUUGGAGAACUCACCGCAGAAGAAGGUCUUCGAGCCGUCCUGGCUGGCUGGAACAAGCGCCGGCGAUGUCAUGUUCCAGGCCGACUACUUCUUGAAGGAGCUGGCUCUGGGCGAGUACACCAUGCCUGUGCUUGGCAUGCUCAGUGUGUUUGACUGGUCCGAGAUGGGCGACAAGGAGAAGACCUGGUCUGGCCGCGAGUGGUUCGUGGUGAAGAAGGCUGAGGUCCGCAUGGCCGAAGAUCAGACUCUCAUCCCGCAUGUUCGCAUGGGCGUGGAGGCUCGCGAGCAGAUUGUGACCCCGAAGGGCCUGGAGGAUGCUCCCGUGACCGUGCCCACCCAUCCGCUCAAGAAGUUUGCGGAGGCCUUCACCCGCAACUUCGAUCUGAUUGCAGAGCGAAAGAGCGUUAUCUUCCAUCUUCGUGAGCUGGCCAAGGCGUCCGUCAUGGCCAAGUACCUCGUCGACUCGAAGGCUCGCAUCGACCCAUCGUGGUACCGACUGGCGGACGAGAUCGUCAAGGGUGCCCCACCAGAGCCGCACAUGGAGAUCCCACAGCUGUGGAACAUGCGCGGAAACUCCCGCAUCAAACUCAAGAACGGACGCCUCAUCGAUAUGGUCACAGGCUCCCGACAGCCCUGGGGUUUGAACAGCACGGACUCGCAACAGUUUGGCGCCGUCCACCGAGCGUGCUGGAGCCUAUCAGGUGGCCAGAGCAAGCUGCAGGCAAUCUACGGCGGUGUGGAGAGCCUUCGCGGCACUGAGUUCGGACUGGACCGUUUCGAGCUUGCUCAGCGACAUGCACUGCAGGGCCAGCCGACUGGAAUGCAGCUGGGCCAGUCAGGACGGCCGAUGUUCAUGCCACAGCGGUUCCAGCUGGGCCAGCGCGAAAUGCCACAAGGUGUGGAUCUCAAUUUGGACAAGUUCUCGCUCUCCACCGAGGAGCGGUUCCGCGGGAGACUCCCGCCCUGCAGCGGCGAUGCCAAGUCGCUGGAGGGUCGCACCACGUUGGGCAAGGCUUUCCUGAGCAGCCUGCGUCGGAAGUCAUGGACCGGAAUGAAGACGGACGACCAGAAGCUCUUGUUGGACAUCUUUGAUGUUUCCCAGUGCGAUCGCACGGAGGAGGGCGACGCUUUCACGCCCCCGGACCCGAAUCUGGAGUACAUCGUGAAAGUUCGAAGCCUCGUGGGGGAGGAGCGGGUCGUUUCAGUUGAGCGUGGCAUGCGCGAUCGGCGAAGGGUUCGCUUCGCCGACAAGAACUUCGUGAUGGCAAAUCCCGGGAACGAGUUCCCAAGAUCAUGGACUUCCCGCUUUCAGGUGGAGAAUGAGGGGCGCAUCUCAUACACCGCUCCCACGAAGUUUGGCUUGGUCAAGUUGGAUGUCGACGAGAAUUUCAAGCACAGCUUGCUCGAGGACGUGAUUCCCAAAGCAGUGCCUGAGUUUGAUCAGGUCACCGAAGACGGAGUCGCUUUCCGCAUCUACAAACUUGGCAGCCUGGAGGUUCGCACCAUCCAAGAGGUCGAGGAACCUGAGAGGGUUCAUGUGGUCUUCUCCUCCCGCGCGGUGUCCUGGGAGACGAAGGGAUCCAAGCCGCAGGACGUGCUCGGCAAGGAGAAGCUGAGCCGGUGCCGAGUCUACGUGGAGGCCAUGGAGCACGAGGCCUGCAACAAUUACUACAUCGUACUGGAGACCAUCGACAAGACCAUGGUCGUGAGUGAGCGUGCGUCCGAUGGAUCUUUGUGCUGGCUGCAGAACCCUCACAACCUUGAGGAUCGCAACUCUUUGGCCAAGCUGCUCUUCACUGCAGACUGCAAGGAGGGCCUGCGCAUGAGCGACGUGAGACAGCACUUUGAGGCGCAGCCGCGUGACACAGACGGUGAACAUCGCAAGCGCUAUGCCAAGGCGCUCUACGUUUUCACCACGGGUCGGAGCUUGAAGGGCAAAUGGGGAGGCAGCGCACGCCGCUACACGGCGCCGCCGAUGCGUGGCCUGGGCGUGCAGGCGCUCGGUCGCAGCUCAGAGUUCAUGAACGUGAUGUGGCUUGCCAGGAACUCUGGGCUCCGGGGUCUCUAA